CCGCCCCUCGUCCCAGCGGUGGCCGCCCGCGCCAUGCAUCCUUCUUCUUCUCCUCCUCCUGCCCCUUCGAGGCGCUAAGUCAGUCUCAUGCUGCUGCUGCUCCGGGGGCUGAGGCUGGUCGCAGCCUUCUUGCUGCUGCCGGUCCGGGGCUGGGCCUCUACCGCUGGGGGGCAGGACGAAACGGGCCUCUUCCUGCCUCCACUCAACGCCUCCUCCUCCUCCUCGCCGUCGCCCCCCGAAUCCAAAACCACCACCAGGGCCAUGGAGCUUGACCUGGAGGCGCCCCAGGUUGACGAGGACGCGGAAGACCCGGGAGAACCGGGAGACCCAGGUGGCCAGGAAGCCGCGGAGAGAAGCCACGCGACCCCGCCGUCUGACCCCAACUCGACCGCUUCCCCGGCUGCCUCCUCGGCCGCCUCCUCGGCCUCCUCCUCGGUAGCCUCCCCGAAUGACUCCUCGCCCCUGCCUGCCGCCGCCGCCGCCGCCGCUGCCGCCGCCGCUGCCUCCACCUCGCCCCUGGCCGCCGCCGCCGCCGCCUCGCCCUUGCCCGCCGUCGCCCGCGCCUCGGCGCACCAGGAGCAGCAGAGGGGUCCGGAGGCGGCGGAGCGGGGCGGUGGGGACCACGACGACGAGCAGCAGCAGGCGCCUCACCAGGAGCAGCAGCAGCCGCAGCAGCAGCAUCAGCACGAGGAGGCGCACUGCAACAUCAGUGUGCAGCGCCAGAUGUUGAGCUCCCUGCUGGUCCGCUGGAGCCGGCCCCUGGGCAUCCAGUGCGACCUGCUGCUCUUCUCCACCAACGGCCACGGCCGCGCCUUCUUCUCGGCCGCCUUCCACAGGGUGGGCCCGCCACUCCUCAUCGAACACCUGGGGCUGGCGGCCGGGGGUGCCCAGCAGGACCUGCGCCUCUGCGUGGGCUGCGGCUGGGUCCGGGGUCGCCGGCUGGGCCGCCUCCGGGGGGGGACUGCGGCUGCUGCUGCCGCGGCUGCGGCGGCGGCGGCGGCGGCGCUGCCCUCCUACCCCGCGGCCGAGCCGGGCCAGCUCUGGUGGCAAGGGGAGCCGCUGAAUUUCUGCUGCCUGGAUUUCAGCCUCGAGGAGCUCAAGGGCGAGCCCGGCUGGCGGCUGAACCGCAAGCCCAUCGAGUCCACGCUGGUGGCCUGCUUCAUGACCCUGGUCAUCAUCGUGUGGAGCGUGGCCGCCCUCAUCUGGCCGGUGCCCAUCAUCGCCGGCUUCCUCCCCAACGGCAUGGAGCAGCGGAGGACCGCCGGCAGCAGCAGCGGCGGCGGCGGCGGCGGCGGCGGCGGCAGCGGAGGGACCGGUGGCGGCGGCGGCGGCAGCGGGGCCGGCGGGGGCGGGGCCGCCCCCUCCUCCUCUUCCUCUUCCUCCGCGGCGGCAGCCGCGGCGGCUGUCACAUCUGGAACCGCUGCAGCAGCCGCCGCGGCCGCCGCCGCGGCCGCCGCCGCCGUCACAUCGGGCACCGGGGCCAAGUAGCCCCCCGGGGUCCACCCCCCGCGACUUCCCCGAAUCUCCCCAGCCGCGGCUCCCCGCCACCUCUCGGGGCCCUUGCCUUCCCACUUCCAGCGUGACGGGGCUGCGGCUCCUCUCCUCCCAGCUCUUCGUGGUCCUCCUCCUCCUCCUCCUCCUCCUCC